CAUAGGCGGCAAGCACGCUGUUGUAUUUUGACAGGUAUUUGACAGUAUAACGUUCAGUGUGGACAUUAUGGCUGCGUUUCAGCCGUCAAAAGUGUUCGCUGAGCUCAUAAAGUCAUCAAAUUCGUCUCCACCAAAGGCAAAGAGAGCGCAUUUAGACGGCCAAGCCGGUUUGGCUUCAGGCAUUUCCAAAGAGCGCGAGAUUCAGGUUUGGGCGACGGGUGAGAUGUCACUAAAACCCGAUCGAUGUCGAUUGUGCAUCAAGGUGACCAGUACUAAAGACAGCAUUGAUGAGGCGAAAACCAGCGUAUCUAGGCGGGUGGACUAUGUCUUUCAGACGCUGCACAACCACGGUGUUAAGGAAUCUGACCUGCAGGAGUACAAGACGACACAAAGAGUUGAAUCUGCAUACAAAGUGAAUGUGGAGCUACAUGUUCAGUUCAGUGACUUUCAGAAAUGCCAGUCUGUCUCUAAUCUCCUGGUUGAAAAAUUAGACGAAACAGUUCAUGUAGGGCUGCCAGAAUUUUACCACACAGCACAAAGCCUGGAAAAUCUCAGGCGUCAGGCCAGUGUGUUGGCUAUCCACAAUGCGAAGCAAAAAGCUCAGGAAAUUGCGUGUCUUGUACACCAGGCCGUGGGCCGCCCAACUGUGAUUCAGGAAGAGGAGGUGAAGGAAUGGGAAGGAGGCUCUGAUGACAUUGAUAACCUUAACUCAACCUCAAUACAACAGCGCAUCUCCAGCAAAACUGUCUCGGUGUCUUGCAAAGUCUUUGUUAGUUUUGACCUAAAGCCAAAAGUAAAAACAAAAUAUGUCAAUGAGUAGAUAUGGUGGGAAAUCAAGGAAAUUUU